CUUCGGAGAGGAACGUACAAAAGAAACGGAGCACGCCACGCUGCACGGCAGCAGGCCCCGGCCCACGGCGCUGAGGGCGGAGGACGGAGGGCGGAGGGCCUCAUGCGCGCGGCAGCACGUAGGAGGCGACGGCGGCGGCGCCCACUCCCCCUCGUCCCCGCGCCCCGUCGCUCGCCGCCCGCAGCCGGGCGCCGGCGCGAUCGGCUCUUUCCGCCGCCGCCGCUGCCGCGCGCUGCCCCGUGCGCUCCGGCACCUUCGGCAAUUUCCGUCGGGACCUGGCCGCCAUUUUCUCUCCGCUUGUGUGUCUCGCCGGCUGCGUGGCUCGGUUCUUGUGAGCGAAGCUUUGUCCGGUUCGGCAAUGGACGGAAUUGUCACUGAAGUUGCAGUUGGCGUGAAGAGAGGAUCUGACGAACUACUCUCAGGCAGUGUUCUCAGUAGUCCAAACUCUAACAUGAGCAGCAUGGUGGUUACAGCCAAUGGUAAUGAUAGUAAAAAAUUUAAAGGAGAAGAUAAAAUGGAUGGUGCUCCUUCUCGUGUACUUCAUAUUCGAAAAUUACCUGGUGAAGUGACAGAAACUGAAGUUAUUGCUUUAGGCUUACCUUUUGGUAAGGUGACCAACAUCCUUAUGCUGAAAGGAAAAAAUCAGGCAUUUUUGGAACUAGCAACAGAGGAAGCAGCUAUUACUAUGGUUAAUUACUAUUCUGCUGUGACACCUCACCUUCGUAACCAACCGAUUUAUAUUCAGUACUCCAAUCACAAAGAACUAAAAACAGAUAAUACAUUGAACCAACGUGCUCAAGCAGUUCUUCAAGCAGUGACAGCUGUCCAGACAGCAAAUACUCCUCUUAGUGGCACCACAGUUAGUGAGAGUGCAGUGACUCCAGCCCAGAGUCCAGUGCUUAGAAUAAUUAUUGACAAUAUGUAUUACCCUGUAACACUUGAUGUUCUUCACCAAAUAUUUUCUAAGUUUGGUGCUGUAUUGAAGAUAAUCACAUUUACAAAAAAUAACCAGUUUCAAGCUCUUCUCCAGUAUGGCGAUCCAGUAAAUGCUCAGCAAGCAAAACUAGCCCUAGAUGGUCAGAAUAUUUAUAAUGCUUGCUGUACCCUAAGGAUUGAUUUUUCCAAACUUGUGAAUUUGAAUGUAAAAUACAACAAUGAUAAAAGUAGGGAUUAUACUCGACCUGAUCUUCCAUCUGGGGAUGGACAACCUGCAUUGGACCCAGCUAUUGCUGCAGCAUUUGCCAAGGAGACAUCUCUCUUAGGGCUUCCUGUUGCAGCUGUUCCAGGAGCUCUGAGUCCUUUGGCUAUUCCAAACGCUGCUGCAGCAGCUGCUGCAGCUGCUGCUGGCCGAGUGGGAAUGCCUGGAGUCUCAGCUGGUGGCAAUACAGUCCUGUUGGUUAGCAAUUUAAAUGAAGAGAUGGUUACGCCCCAAAGUCUGUUUACCCUCUUCGGUGUUUAUGGAGAUGUGCAGCGUGUGAAGAUUUUGUACAACAAGAAAGACAGUGCUCUAAUACAGAUGGCUGAUGGAAACCAAUCACAACUGGCCAUGAAUCAUCUUAAUGGACAGAAGAUGUAUGGAAAAAUUAUUCGUGUUACUCUGUCUAAACAUCAGACUGUACAACUACCUCGAGAGGGACUUGAUGAUCAAGGGCUAACAAAAGAUUUUGGUAAUUCCCCACUGCAUCGUUUCAAGAAACCUGGAUCCAAAAAUUUUCAGAACAUUUUUCCUCCUUCUGCAACCCUUCACCUAUCUAAUAUCCCCCCUUCAGUAGCAGAAGAGGAUCUGCGAACACUGUUUGCUAACACUGGGGGCACUGUGAAAGCAUUUAAGUUUUUUCAAAGAGAUCACAAAAUGGCUCUUCUUCAGAUGGCAACAGUGGAAGAAGCUAUUCAGGCCUUGAUUGAUCUUCAUAAUUAUAACCUUGGUGAAAACCAUCAUCUGAGAGUGUCUUUCUCCAAGUCAACAAUUUAAAAAAGGGGAGAUGAAGAUUGGCGGUGAAUCACAUUGUUUGGUGUCAACACCUAUUGACUGUUCAGAAAAGUGGGGACCAGAGUUUGAUUUUUUUUGUUGUUUUCUUUUUUUUUUUCUUUUUUCUCAUGCUGUUAUCAUUCCUUGGUUAUAAAAUGAAAUGGCAUAUGUAAAGGCAGAGUUAUUAACUGCUCUUUCAUCUGUUCUGUAGAGAAGCCAUUUUUAUUGUCUGUUUAAAAUUUUAAUUUUACUUUCCUUUUUCAACUUAGUUGACAUACGUGCCUUAAAAAGGAAAACUAGUGUUGCUAUUGUGCAUUUACUAGAAGAAAGGAAUUGGUUGUCUAGGGCACAUUGUUAAAUGGGAAUUAACAAUAUGUUUAGGCAGGGGUGUGUAAAAAGGUUAAGUUUUUGUUUCUCCUGCUUGGAACUUAUUUUGAAUUAUUGGCUUGUCACAUUUCUUUCUAUUUAAUCAGAUAAGAUACAUGAUACUGAAAGAAUAAAGCAGCAUUUUUUUAGUUUUUACUACCUUAG